AUGUCGUCAUGUCGUUGCAUGCUCCGAGUGGUCCCUCUUCGGUCACUCCGGGCUGCCGCCAUGUCGCUCUCCCGCUUCGCCUCUGCGCCCGUCCUCCCGUACGCGGCUCGCUCGCCGACGUCAUCGUCACCGUCAUCAUCAUCGUCACCGUCAUCAUUCCCGGCAGCAUUCUCCUCUGCUGCAUCGCAGGCAUCAGGCGGAGGCGCAGUGGCAGCGGCGGCAGCAGUCGCAGCUGAAGGCGUCGAGGAUGCUGUGGGCUGGAGCCCGCCGUCGCUCGGUCGUGUUCCCUCGUUUGUCCGCAUUGUGGAGGUCGCUCCGCGUGAUGGUCUCCAGGCACUGCAGACAGACGCAGAGAUCACGGUCGAUACCAAGAUCUCGCUCAUCCAGCAGUUGGCUCACGCCGGCCUGCGCAGUAUCGAGGCUGGUUCGUUUGUCUCGGCAGAGUGGGUCCCGCUCAUGAAGGGUUCGGACGAGGUCCUCCGUGCCGUCCUGGCCGAUCCGGACAUGACCGAUGUGGCCUUCCCUGUCCUUGUCCCCAACACGUACGGCUUCAAGCAAGCGCUCGAGGCGGGUGCCCGCGAGAUUGCCGUCUUUACCGCAGCCUCCGAGUCGUUCUGCCAGGAGAACACCAACUGCUCCAUCGCCCAGUCGCUCGCCCGCUGCGAAAAGGUCAUCGGCCUGGCACAGGAGCACGACAUCAAGGUCCGCGGCUACGUCUCGUGCGUCCUCGGCUGCCCGUACGAGGGCGAAAUCGACUCGGCCAUGGUGGCCUACGUCACCGAGCGCCUCUUCCAGAUGGGCUGCUACGAGGUCUCACUCGGCGACACUAUUGGCGUCGGCACGCCCGGCGCCACCGCCGCCCUCCUCUCCACCGUUCUCUCGGCCAUGCCCGACGCCGUCGACAAGCUCGCCGUCCACUUCCACGAUACCUACGGCCAGGCGCUCGCCAACAUCACCAUUGCUCUCCAGUACGGCAUCUCGGUCGUCGACGCCUCAGUCGGCGGCCUCGGCGGCUGCCCGUACGCCCGCGGCGCCUCGGGCAACGUCGCCACCGAGGACGUCGUCUACCUCCUGCAGGGCCUUGGCGUCGAGUGCGGCGUUGACCUCUCACGCCUCUGUGCCAUCGGCCACUUUAUCACAUCGGAGCUCGGCGCUCCGUACAUGUCGCGCGUCGGCCGCGCUGCCGGCAAACGCUCGGGCUUCCGCCGCUCGCGCACCUUUUCCGUCGCCGAGGGCACCGUCCGCACUCGCUACCUCCCGCCCACCGUCCCGCGCAAGCGUGUCUCGGACGAGGAGGAGGCCCGCAUUCGCGCCCUAUACGAGGAUCAGGACAGCGGCGACCUCGAGUUCAAGUAAAAGCAAUGCACGCCGCA